AUGGACAUCCCCCUGAUUUUGGAUUUUUUGGAUGAGGAUAAAGUUGGAACCAUACAGCCCCAUGAUGAUGUUCUGGUAGUCACGCUGAGAAUUGGUGGGUACGAUGUAAAAAGGGUGAUGAUUGAUCAGGGUAGUACUGUUAAUAUAAUGUAUCCAGAUUUGUAUAAAGGAUUAGGUUUAAAGCCUGAAGACCUGUCCGCUUACAGUUCCCCUCUGGUGAGUUUUGAGGGAAGAAUGGUCAUUUCAAAAGGACAGAUCAGACUACCUGUGCAAACCGGUAUGGAUGUGGUAGAAGUAGACUUCAUUAUUGUAGAUGUUUUCUCUCCAUACAUGGCUAUUAUGGGUAGAUCUUGGCUUCAUACCUUGAGAGAAGUCUUAUCUACUUUACAUCAGAAAGUGAAGUACCCAUCUGAAGGUCAAGUAUUGGAGAUAGUAGGAAGCCAGGUUGCAGCUCGACAAUGCCUGGUUGGGGCUAAACUGCCUUUGCAAGAGAAGGAACGAUUGCUGGAAUUCCUCAGAGAAAAUGUAGAUGUGUUCGCAUGGAGCCCAUAUGAAACCCCAGGUGUAGAUCCGAAUUUCAUUUGUCAUCGACUCAACGUGAAUCCUUCUGUUAUUCCCAAAAGACAGCCACCUCGGCGACUAUCAAAAGAGCACGCUAAAACUGUCAGAAGUUUCAGAAGGUUCUUGGGAUACAUGGUGACUCAUAGAGGAAUUGAAGUGAACCCAGAUUAG